AUGACGAAGGUGGAAAAGAAAAUGAAAUCACAUAAAGCUGUCGUUGACCCUCCUAGCAAUCUCACUCAUCCCGAUGUUGAACUUUCUCUAAAGGGGAGCGAGGAUUCGAAGACCUCCGGCACUGUUGCGGCCUUGGUUGCAAGGGAAAGUGGCGGUCCCGCCGACGAUGUCCAUAAGAAGAUUCAACGAGCUGAUCGAUUCGGCGUACCCGUCCAGUUAUCUGAGCAAGAAAAGCGUAAUUCUAGGGCUGAGAGGUUUGGCACUGCACCGAGCUCAAUUGGAUCAGAAGCAUCUAAGCAAUCAGAGGAAUUGAGGAGAAAGGCUAGGGCAGAGAGGUUUGGGAUUACUGCACCCUCUACAGCUACUGAUGAGGAUGCGAAGAAGAAAGCUCCUCUUGCCAGAUUUGCACCAUAUUCCAAACCUGAUUCAGUAGAAGAAGUAAAAAGAAAAGCAAGGGCAAUCAGGUUUUCAAACCCUUCUAAUUCGUUAUCUCAGGAGAAUGGAAAGGGCAAUCUUGAGCCAGUAAGGCCUUGUUUGUUGUUUUCCUGACGAAUUUCUUUGAUAGGA